UAAAUACUAUUACUGUUCCAUUCGUUCUGUUGGAGUGUUCGUACAACAGUGUUAUACCAAAGAGGAAUAAGAUAACUGCGAAACGCCAGGAGAACGAUCCUAAUCAAUUGGGCGACAUGUGUUAAGAGAUGGUGAAUAUUUAGUUUUACUUACUAAUUGUGAUGGAAUAGUGUUAACUAAGGUAUGUUGAAAAGUGCGGCAGACGAUUGUUUUCGAUAAAGUAGAGGAAUUCCGAUAGACGAAACCAGCCGAAGAUUGUAUCGCAGAUAUUAAGCAGGUUUCAGGAUUAACUAAAACCAUUGUUGACAGACCGUAAUGUUCGGAAACGCGUCACGCAGUCUAUUGUAGUCUUAAUAGAAAUUGUGAUCAAGUGUUUACUGUUGUCUUUUCGGACAAACGGUGUUGACUUCUCGGAUGAUUGUGGUGGGACAAAUAUUGUGAAAAUCGCACCGCAACAGUUGUAAUAAUUAAAACAAAAAACCUAAGACACACAGUUUCACCAUUGUUUGGAUUUACAUUUGUGACACAAAGAGCGCGUUGAUAGGCCUCGCCCAUCAUGCAUACACAGCCAGGAUGACAGACAGACGGACGAACACUGGACACUUGAUAGCCGUCUUGUGUCUUCUAAUAAGCUUCAUACAAGGAGUUGCGGCAUACGGUCAGGUAACCAUUCCGUCCUUUACGACCACUCCUACCAAUGUGACCGUACAGAAGGGCGCAGAGGCCGUCAUGAGGUGUGGCGUGGAAAACCUCGGCACAAAAACAGUAUCUUGGCGUAAAUUGCCCUACAAUGUGCCCAUCACAGUGGGUAACGAGCAAUUUCUCGAGCUGCAGCGUUUUAAGCUGGUUCAGCGCGUGCAGUUUGGCGAGUGGAACCUGCACAUAAAAAACGCUCAAACGUUCGACUCGGGCACGUACGAGUGCCAAGUCAGCCUGAAGGGCUCUUCCAUACGACGAAAUAUCACAUUAAAGGUCUACGAGACCAAAGGAAAACCGGUGGAACCAUCCAUAGAGAUAUCGGGCACACAGUUUGUGGAGAAGGGAACGUCCAUCUUGCUAACAUGUAACGUCACCAGUGAGGACACACCUCAGUCCAUUGACUGGUUCGUGGAAGGCAGAAAAAUACAAACAGAUUAUGCAAGACAAGUAUACAUUCACCAGCAAGUGGCGCUGGCGGAGAAUAUGUUGAGUAGCACACUAGAGAUUGAGCGUGCCCAAAUGGCGGACAUGGGCAAGUACGUAUGCCGCGCCAGCAAGGCCCUCGUCACCAGAAUCAACGUUGAUGUUCUCAAUGAGACAAACAACGAAAAGAGGGACACACCCGAAAGCAUCCAAACAAGUGCAAACACAAUGGAUGGAAGAAAUAGCUCCACACCAAACACAAACGGAAUAUAUCUGUGCUUAUUAUUAACAUGUAUAUGGAUAAUGCAAAAUCUGACUUGAUUCGUGACUUGUGUCCUUUGAACUAGUAUUAGUUGUUAUGUUUUAUAUGAUUCAUGUAAAUAUGAGGCUGCUCAAGUGAUACGGGUGACGUUCAAACUACCAAAUACAUGCAUACAUCGGCUGAAGCAGUUUUAAUAGUAUACUAUAAGUACGUCAUAAUUUGUAUGCCUUAUUGGUAAAUAGAUCAUGAUAGUUGCGAACAGGGCGUUCUCAUAUCGGCACUAUAUAUGGUAGUUUGUAAACAUGUAAACACGAUUUGCACAUUGACUGAAUAAAAAAUAUUGGUCAUUAUCUUCUUAAAAUGCUGUAAGUGUUUAACCAAAUGAACGAAGGUGUAUGCUGACACUGCUCAGACACUUAGAAAGACUGACAAUUGUGGCGUCCUGGUAUUGGUUCGAAGCCGUGUAUAGCAUACGUUUUUAUCAUUUUAUGAUUCAGAAGUUCUCUUUCAUGCAAGUUUAUCUUAUUUUACUGUACAUAUUGAAUGUAUAUUAUAUCAUCUUUUACAAGACAAAAUACAAUUUCAAAUAUCUAUGAAUACACAUUCGCAACAGUAAAUAGUUCGUCCAAUUUGUAGAUUUCACGAUCAAAGUCGCACGUUUCUUUAAUAAUUUAUACAUAUCUAUCAACCUUCUAUUAAUCUUAAGUAAAAUAUUAAAGCAACUGUGCACCAGAUAAUCAUUUUGAAAAAAAAGAAAAUUGUCGAAAACUGUCAUAAACUUGGUAUUAAUGUGUACAAUGCAUUGAAACUUACUAACUGAAGUACCACAUAGUUUACAAUUUAUUUCAGUUUAGCAGUUAUUUCGUAUUUUUCCAUUAAAAAAGAUUACUGGGUAUGUCUACCUAGUCGAAUUAAUUCCUUAUGCGUGAUUGGCUAGUCGGUGUUAACACGUGAUAUUACCGAGUUAGGUCUAUAGCUUAUUUAGUCUAUUCUGUUAAAUAACUGUCUUGAGAUUCGUUACAGAAAAAAAACUUUUUUUGGUGCCAAUCUGGUGUACAGUCCCUUUAAACGUUAGUGGGAUUCGAACCCACAUUUUGGAUCUAAAAGAAUCCGAUGUCACCGCAACAUUAACCAAGUAGUGGACCACGGUAAUAUACCAUUAAUGAAUGUACUGUUCAACCGAUUCACUAAUAAAGCAUCAUUAUGAGUAAAGGUAUUACGUGUUGUCAGUAAUGCAAAUCAGGUACUCUUAAUUUUGAUUAUCUUUUAUUUCACUUUGCAGCACAGCAACUCAUAUUCGUAUUUGUUUUAAGCAUUUGGUCAGUUCAUGAAAUGUUCCUGUUAGUGAUACAGACGAAGGGUGUAAAUUUUAUAUUAAUAUAUUUUGUCAUACAAGGGCUCCAUGGUUCUGCUCUGUAUGUCGACAUUUUUCAUUGCAAAACUCAUUUCUCUGAAACAUUACCUCUGAGUACUAGUAACAUUUAACAUUGCAAAUUUGUUUACUUAUAUUUUCCAAAUUGUAAUUAUGUUUAACUGUUAAGUACUACACUUUCACUUCAUUGUUAUUUGUUUGUCACUAAUAUUUUGUGCUAUAAGAUGGAAAUAAAUACGAAAAUGCA